AAAUUAAAACUUAUUAUUAAUUAUAAAGAACUUAACGAAAUUACGAAAAAGAAUUACUAUUUUUUAUUAUUUAUUACUAAGCUUAGAGAUCUAUUUUAUAAAAUUAACUAG